GCUAGAACGCCACAGGGCCUGGCGGAAUCUUUGUUCGGGGCGCGGGGGAGCGCGGGACGGGUUUGGCGGGUUGCAGCCCGGGCGGGUUUUCGGUGUCACACGUCCUGUGGUCCGGGGGAUUUCGGCGAGAUGGGCCGUCAGAAGAGAUUCCGGCCGAUCGCCGCGCUCGCCCGCAAGAUGCGGGAAUACUGGGCUCUGAAGCACCGGCCCCGGGACAGCGAGCGCUACGCCGUGGACUAUGAGAGCAUGAGGCGGCCGGGCAGCGGCAAGAAGCUGCCGCUCCUGGCUCACCGGGACAUCCGCAGCGAGAGCCGCCUCUUCCAGCUCGUCAACCGCCUGCCCCUCUUCGGCAUCGGCCGCCUCCUCACCAAGAAGUCCUGGCUCCUGGCCUACGACGAGCCCUGUUACUGGACCAUCAGCAAGGUCAAGGUGGAUUACACGGCCCAGGAUAUGGACCAUGGAAAAGCAUGGGGAGUGCUAACAUACAGAGGAAAGACUGAAGAUACGGUGAAAGAAAUAGACAAAGUUAUGUACCAUGAUUGGCGCCUGGUACCAAAACAUGAAGAAGAAGCUUUCAAGAGCUUCACACCUGUUCCUGAGACGAGUAUUCGCUAUGUCCCUUAUCCUCCUUUGCUUCGUGCCAUGAUUCUGGCUCAGCAACAGAAAGCUGGGGAACCUAUAGGAGGAGAGCCUAUGAUUGAUCUGGAAAGAAAUCGCCACUUUCCAAAGGAUUAUUUUAGAAACCUGGACUUGAAGAAAGAAGCAGAGGGCACCCCAAUUUAAUAAGAAUCUGCAUUGCUCAUAGCUACUGAUGGACUGAGCAUUAUUGUUUCCAGCAAUUUGUCAUACUGGUUAUGUACAAUAAAAUCCAUUUUUUUUUUGUA